UCAUCUUUCUCAUUUUUGCAGCCCCUAAGACACCUGUCAUUCUGGGAUACCCAUGGCUAGAGAAGUAUAACCUCUCUCUUUCCAGCCCAGAAUAACCUGAGUGGCCUAGUAAGAGAGUGGAAAAUUGAGGUUUCUUCUGUCUCACUCAUUGUUUGAAUUCAUCAGUUCAUUUCUCAAGUUUGAAAGAAGUUUUUGUGUUAAUUUGGGGGUUAAGAUCUGUCUCAGUUCCAGAUUCUACCUCACCUCCUUGCUAUGUGACAUCCUGCUCUGGCUUUCCCUGUGACUGUCUUCUUACAAAUUCUUAUUGCAACUAAAACUUCAGAACUCCUCAGAGUUGCUUCACUCAAGUUUGCAAGUUCAACUUUUUGUUUCAGCCUAAACAAGUGUGCAUGAACUGUUUUUUUAAAGAACAUUGUUAAGCUCUCCACAUCAGCUCUUAGACUGAUGUCGGUCUCUGACUGUUCAAGAUAUUUGUAGAACAGUUUUUUUUAAAAGCCACAAAAUGUUCCAAAUCAAAACCUCAGCCCACCCACUACUUCCCUCACAAUUUACAGGUAUCUAUUCCUCUUGUUCUUACUCUCAUCUUCAAAGCUUACAGAACCAGAGGAAAGAAAUGGCCGUCUACCAGCAGCCCACCCAGGUAGUGACGGUCACCACCACAAAUCUAAACCAUGGGGAGUGGAGCACUGGACUCUUUGAUUGCUUCAGUGAUAUGGAAACUUGUUGCUGUGGCCUUUGGUGUUUCCCCUGCAUGAAGUGUGAUACAGCUGACAAGCACGGCUGGUGUUACUGCAUCCCAUUCUUUGACCAAUGCUACAUGGUGUCCUUGUUGCUCCGCCAGUCGAUCAGAGAGCGCUAUGGCAUCCCUGGCUCGUGCUGUGAUGACUGGUGUAAAUUAAUUUGGUGUUACGAGUGUGUCUGGUGCCAGAUGCGUCGUGAGGUGAAGAUCAGGAACGGCCUGUAGCUCACCAGCUCAAUGAUGGUCACCACUCAAGUUGUGAGAGGAUAAUAUGUAACCAUUUUGGCUGUUGGUUGAUUGAAUAUGAUAUAUUUGGUAUGAUUUUGAGAUGAUACAAUUAAUAAGAAAACCUGACUGUUUCUACAGUAUGAGGUAAAAAUAAAAAUAUAUAGGUUGCUUUUUCCCCCCCUACAGCAUUUCAAGAAUUUCUAAGUUCCUAUGCUCAUGUAGUUUAGUUCAAUAUGUAGAAUCAAGAUUGUUUUAGUUUUGGUAGUGUGUUGGGCAUAUAAUAUAAUUGAGAACGUUUGUUUACUCUGGCCAGUAAAAUCUGUGUAAUUGUACAUGCUCACUGCUAUUGUAAUCUUUCCCAAGUUGAAUUUCACAUUUGCUGAAAUAAAAAAAUUAUUCAUAUU